AUGAAAGAACCUGUUAACAAAGACUUCCUUUUAUUCCAGGGGUUUCCAUUCGAGGACGAAGACUUCGGUAGCCACGGUGACGUGAAGAGUCGACUAGACGAGUUGGCUUCGAGGCACCCUGAGUUUGCGGAGCACCUUCUAAAUUCAAGCUGGGACGAGCCAUUUGGCACAAGACGCAGUCGUGCCAAUCGUCGACACAGUUCGGUCAACCCUCGCAACAGUCCUGUCAACCGUAGGCCACGGCAACGAAAUCGAGAAAAUCCAGAAGACGAUGCCUUCAGCGAAGCCAGUGGAAGCAGUAUAGCAACCACAGGCAGCGAGGCAAGUUCCCACGGAGAAGCUGAACCUGACACUCGUUACAGUGGUACGAACCUAGUUCCGGAAGAGAGUAGAAAAUACAACCCUAGAUACGAGGCUAGUGACUUUACAAGAGGAGGUGGAAAGGGAGACCCGAGAGCUCGCAGGGAGAGCGAGCCUGACACCCGUUACAGGAGUGCCAAUUUCAACCCCGAAGAGAGACACGAGGGUAGUGACCCUAGGGACUUUUCAAGAGAAGCCGAAAGAGGAGUCUGGAACGUCCGCAGAGAGAGCGAGCCUGAAACUCGAUACAGGAGUGGCAAUUUCACUCCUGAGGAUAGAUUCGAUCCCAACAGAUACGAGGCUAGGGACCCUAGGGACUUUUCCAGAGGAGUCCCGACCUCCCGCAGAGAAAGCGAGCCUGAAACUAGUUACAGAAGUGCCAACUUCCCUCCGGAAGAAAGUUUCCCCCCGAGCGCCCCAGAGGCUAGUGACCCUGGUGACUUUUCAAGCGAAAUUCCCAGAGAAUACUCCACCUCGCAGCCCGGGGCCGACCUGGAGCCGAGGACCUGGUGCAGCACGCUGUUCAUCCCGGAGCGUCGCGGCAGGGGUGCCACCCCCAGGCGAUACGAGUCGAGCAACACCGCGGACCUCCCCAGGCAAGAUUGCCAACCUGAGAUGAAUCGCAACCAGCGGUCGAUGUCGGCUCCUCCGGAGAAUCGGGCGAGCAACGAGCCUCAGCAGUCUCAGCGUUUCGUCUCCAGGGUGGACAUAGCGCCCCGGCAUCCCCAGGGCGAGGGCGAGGGCGAGGGCGCCGCUUCGCAGACCUCGAAGCAACCUCCACCCUCGCCCCCGCCGCCGCCCUCGCCGCCCUCCAACGUCCGGGUGAUCCCGAUCCACGUGGAGGGUCGGGACGAGCCCUUCGUCCCCAGGAACGUCCCCCUCGAGGGGAGUUUCCCCAGGAGGGAGCCCUCGCCUCCCGCCUCGCAUCCCUUCCACAGGCCAGGGCACUUCGGACAGCACUUCGGGGGGAGGUCCCACCAGUGGCCGCCCCACUUCCAGGACAGCUUCUACCAGGACCAGGCGCCCUUUGAACAACCGCGGUGGAGUGGCCAGGAUCCUAGGAGCUAUCAACAGCCCAGGAGGGACCAGGAGAGGUCCUGGGGCAAGCAACCGCAGCAUCCCCAACAGCAUCAGCAUCCUCAGCAGCCUCAACAGCCCCAGUACUAUCCGGAGUAUCAACAGCAGCAGCAUCAACAGCAUCCGCAGCAUCAACAACACCCUCAGCAGCAUCCCCAGCAGCAUCAACCCCACCAACAACACCCGCAACAGCAUCCGCAGCAGCAUCAACCCCAGCAGCAGUACCAACAGCAUCCUCAGCAGCGCCAGGAACAACCUCAGCAAUACCAGCACCGCCAGGAACAACCUCAACAGCCUCAACAGCCUCAACAGUACCAGCAGCGCCAGGAACAACCGCAGCAACAAAAGGAACCUCCCAAACAGAAGCCCGUCGUCAAGGACCCCCUCGAGAGGGUCGCCCUGGUCCAGAGGGAGGUGGACAGCCUGACGGAGCAGGUCCGGGCCUACCAGGGCUCCUCCAGGAAGGACAAGCAGUACAUCUAUCUGGACGAGAUGCUGACGAGGGAGCUGAUCAAGCUGGACGACAUCGAGACCGACGGCAAGGAGAACGUCAGGCAGGCCAGGAAGGACGCCAUCCGGAGCAUUCAGAAUUGUAUAAGCAUGCUGGAGUCGAAGGUGCCGCUUCCUGGUCAGCAAAGUCAGCCACAGGAGCAACGGCAGGAGCCGGGGAACGAGGAGGGGGGAGGAAAACGGGAGCUGGACUCGGAGACGAAGUGCAAGGAGGGGGAGGACCUGGUGCAGGGUGGGCAGACUGCAUCUUCGGGGACCUCACAGACGGGGGAUGGGGAGGAUCGCCAGGAAAAGGGGCAGCAGGAGGAGGUGCAGAGGGUCCAGGAUGGGGAGCUGGGGAAUCCUCAGGGGGAACGGAGUCUGGAGGCGAAGCAGGAGGUGGCAGAUCCCCGGCAGGACCAGGAUCUUCCGCAGGAUCCUCAGCAAGGUCUUCGGCAACAGAAGGAGCAGCAGGAUGAAGGGAGGCAAUCGGACAAUCCCCAGGAGGAGAACGUCCAUGCCGUGGCGAAGGUCCCGGAUACCUCCAAGUCCCCGAAGACCACGAAGAGGACGAAGAAGAAGAAAGCCGACCAGGUCGCCAGCUCCCAGGAGGCGAUUCCACUACCAGGGCCUGAUUCCAAGGUUUAGGACGAUACUUAAACCGAGCUGGGGCGGACUUUUGGUCCCGGGGGACUUUGAUCUGGGGGUUCGCUUCUUCUUCGAUCGAUGCUUCGAGGCACUUCAUCUUCUAUUAAUGCUACGAUGCACUUCAUCUUCUAUCGGUGCUUCGAGGUACUUCAUCUCCAAUCAAUGCUUUAAGGCACUUCGUCCCCAAUUAAUGCUUCGAGACACUUUAUCUCCCAUCGAUGCUUCGAGGCACUUCAUUUCCAAUCAGUGCUUCGAAACACUUUAUCUCCAAUCGAUGCUACGAGGCACUUCAUUUUCAAUCAGUGCCUCGAGGCUCUUCAUCUCCAUUCGAUGCUUCGAGGCACUUUAUCUCCAAUCAAUGCUUCGAGACACUUUAUCUCCAAUCGAUGCUACGGGGCACUUCAUUUUCAAUCAAUGCUUCGAGGCACUUCAUCUUCAAUUACUGCUUCGAGGCACCUCAUUUUUAAUCAACGCUUCGCACUUCAACAUCACGCAACUACUUCGAAGACGACGCCGAUGACCCCCCGACGACCCCCUGGAUCCUGGGUCGCCCUAGAUCGAUCGAUAAUAACUUAUUAUAAAUAUAUACAUAUAUAUUUAUAUAAAUAGGCGCGUAUACAUAUGUAUAGAGAACCGCAAUCGGAAUCGCUGACUCUUCGGCCCGAGGCCGAGAAGCCAUCUUGGUCCCUCUUCAGGGUUGAUAAAUAUCUGAAAGGGAGUCAUUUUGAUCCCUUUUGAAGGUUGAUAACUAACUGAAAAAGAGCCAUCUGGGAUCCUCUUCAAGAUUUAUAACUAAUUGUAGAAGUCAUAUUGUCGCCUCUUCAAGGUUGAUUACUACCUGAAGAGGAACCAUUU